GGGUAGGUUUAUUUUUGGGUCAGUGACAGUGUGUCAAUGGCUGCAGAUGCGUCGGAAAGGAAAGCUCUUAGAUACAAGCAAACCCUGCUCUAUGGGGAGUACCAAGAAAACCAAGGAGGCUCCGGCAGACGGGAGGCCACACGCCUGCUGACUGAGAGGCAGAUCAAGAAACAUGGGACCCACCACCGCAGCCACGCCAGGACACGGCACGGACAUGGGCGCCGUGGCCAAAACGGAUACCACAGCCGCCAUCAAUACAGCUACUACAGCAGGCAACGGAACAGGCGUCAGUCCAAUAUGGAGACCGAUGCUGCUGAGGAGCAAACAGCUGAGCCCGACCUCGCGUCCUCUGUGAAGAAGAAGCGCUCCUACUCCAAGUGUAGAGACUGCAUAGCACGAGUGCAGCGAUUCCUUGUGACCAGGUUGGGAGAGGACUGGAUCUUCCUGGUUCUCCUGGGCAUCACAAUGGCACUGGUCAGCUGGACAAUGGACUACGCCAGUGCAAAGAGUCUACAAGCCUAUAAGUGGAUUCACGGGGAGCUGAGGGGGAACAUCCCCCUGCAGUACCUGGCCUGGGUAUCCUAUCCCCUGAUGUUUAUCCUCUUCUCCUCCCUCUUCUGUCACCUGGUUUCCCCUCAAGCUAUUGGUUCUGGUAUACCAGAGUUGAAGACCAUCCUGAGAGGUGUGGUACUAAAGGAGUAUUUGACUCUGAAGGCGUUCAUCGCCAAAGUCAUUGGUCUGACGGCUGCUCUGGGCAGCGGCAUGCCUGUAGGCAAAGAGGGCCCGUUUGUUCACAUUGCCAGCAUCUGUGCAGCAGUUCUCAGCAGGUUCAUGUCCUUUUUUUCAGGAGUUUAUCAGAAUCCAUACUGUUACACAGACAUCCUGACGGUCGGUUGUGCUGUCGGGGUGGGCUGCUGCUUCGGUACUCCGCUUGGAGGUGUGCUCUUCAGCAUAGAGGUAACAUCUACAUACUUUGCUGUAAGAAACUACUGGAGAGGAUACUUUGCUGCUACAUUUAGUGCCUUCAUAUUCAGAGUGUUAUCCGUGUUUAAUAAAGAUGCAGUAACCAUCACGGCUCUGUUCAGGACAAACUUUCGUAUGGAUUUCCCUUUUGAUCUGCAGGAGCUGCCAGCAUUUGCCAUCAUUGGGAUCUUCUGCGGGUUCCUCGGCGCGUUCUUCGUCUACCUCAACAGACAGGUGGUGCUGUUUAUGAGAAGACCCAAUGCCAUGACCCGCUUCCUGACUAAACACCGACUUCUUUUUCCCGCUGUGGUAACGCUGAUAAUCGCUACCUUGACCUUUCCACCUGGAUUUGGACAGUUCAUGGCAGGAGAGCUGAUGCCCAGAGAGUGCAUCAACUCUCUGUUUGACAACUUCACAUGGACAAAGAUUUCAGGGUCUCCUCCACCGGUCGGUCUGGGCCGCUCUGCUGCCUGGCUGCACCCUAAUGUCAGCGUCUUUGUCAUUCUGGUGCUCUUCUUCCUCAUGAAGUUCUGGAUGUCUGCUGUGGCCACCACCAUGCCCAUCCCAUCCGGAGCUUUCAUGCCGGUCUUCAUCCUAGGAGCUGCAUUUGGCAGGCUGGUAGGGGAGAUCAUGGCCACUCUGUUUCCUCAUGGGAUCGUGUUUGAUGGCAUCCUUUACCGCAUCAUCCCUGGAGGGUACGCAGUCAUCGGAGCAGCAGCGUUGACUGGGGCUGUGACUCACACAGUGUCCACGGCGGUUAUCUGCUUCGAGCUGACAGGUCAGAUCUCCCACAUCCUGCCCAUGAUGGUGGCAGUAAUCCUGGCCAACAUGGUGGCCCAGGGCCUGCAGCCCUCCCUCUACGACUCCAUCAUCCAAGUCAAGAAGCUCCCGUACCUGCCGGAGCUUGGCUUCGGACACAUGAGCCAAUACAACAUCUUUGUAGAGGACAUCAUGGUGAGGACGGUGAAGUUUAUGUCGUCUCAGUCCACAUACCGAGAAGUCAAACUCCUGCUGGACUCCACUUCACUCAAAUCGAUCCCCCUGGUCGACUCAAAAGAUUCUAUGAUCUUAUUGGGCAGCAUUGACAGGGUGGAGCUUCUGGCUCUCUGUGAUUGGUGGUUGUCACCAGAAAGAAGGCUCCUGAUGCAGGGUCGCUGCCUACAGGAGCAGAACCAGUCUCAGAAGCACAGCUGGGAGUCCUUCGCCUUCGUAGAUGAGGAAGAGGAGGAGGAGGAGGAGGAGGAAGAGGAGGAGGGAGAGAAGGGUAGUCCAGUCCAGGAGGAGAGGAACGGUCCCCUGCCUCCUCAGAAGCCCCAGGAGCCUUCCUCAAACCACACUGCUCCUGCUCCUGAAAAAGGUUCUCUGCAGUCUGUGAGGAAAACACUCAGGAAUAUCUUCACCUCUAAGAGCAGGCAGACAGAGGGCCAUUCUCAGGAGCCUUGUCCUCCUCCGCUGUCAGACACAAUGACACCAGAAGAGAUUAAAGCGUGGGAAGAGGAAGAGAUGGACAAGCCGAUGGAAAUCGAUGAGAUACGAGUGGACCCUUCCCCUUUUCAGCUGGUGGAGAGAACAUCGUUACACAAGACCCACACCUUAUUCUCACUGCUUGGCUUAAGUCAUGCUUAUGUGACCAGUACUGGCAAACUGGUGGGGGUGGUGGCACUAAAAGAGCUCCAAAAGGCCAUCGAGGGCUCCACACGCUCUGGUGUCCGGCUCCGCCCUCCUCUGGCCAGUUUUCGUGAUAUCAGCAACCACAACUCGGUCUCUAAACCUCCACCUCCAUCUCCCAACGCCCCUUCCUCUCCUCCCUCACCUGAAAUUGUUGCUCAGGCUCCUCCCCUCUCUCCCCCCUCCCCCUCUCAACACCACCACCAUCACAGCCAUGAGAAUGAAACAGAGGUGUUGAUCGAGGGUGUGCCGAGGGAGGUGGAGGAAAGCACCAGUAGCGCUUCGGGGAGCGGCAGCAGCACGGUGGCCUGCAGCUCGGCCAGCAGGAGCUGCAGCUGCAACAGCAACCUCACCCUCCCUCCUUCUUCUACUCCUCCCCCAGUCCCCUCUUCCUCCACUCCUCCUCCCUCUCCUCCUCUCUCCUCCAUCCGCCUCUCCACCCUACAGAGACUCUUUGAGGAAGAGGAAGACAGCGAUGAUGAGCCUAUGGUUUAGCUUACACAAGAGUGAUGCUUUUUUUUUAUAAUGGAAAACUUUUAUAAUAGUUUGAGUUUAUUUCUUCUGUUCUUAAUACAUUUCUCCGGUCUUUGUACUUCCAUUUACCUCUUUUUAUGUUACUGGUACAGCUUCCACACACUGGUUUCACAGACCAUCACCUGUUUGGUGCAAAAAACACCUUAAACUGCAAUAUUCAUCUAGUUCCUUUGUAUCAGGUGCGAUUAGAAAGUUCGUGGUCUCCGCCCACAAAAGAAAAAAACAAACACUGACUUAAAUAUGGCUGAUCUUUCCUACAAGAUCAGGUCACUGUGCACUUCUGAACCUCCAGUGUGCCUGUGCUCCGUCUGGAAAGCCCCCUGGAAGCUGUGGUACGACUGCACAUACACGUUUGUAAUUUCAAAAUGCAUGUGAAGAGCGCUCAUCCCCUUCUCUGUCACAAUGACCCAACUUUAACAUAAGGAUCAUCACUGGUGAUAACGACCUGUUCAUUUUUAUACAGAGGUCUAUUUUUUCUUCAGUUUAAAUCAAAUGCUCCCUUUACCAGUAAAGCAUGGCUGAGGCUUCUCUUUGUCUGCACCAGCACCCUGCAGUAACAUCCAGUUACAGCAGGCCUGUGGGGAUAGUUUGCUUCCCUUGUGAGACGAGCUUUAUGGUCACAAACACCCCCUAGUUGUUCUUGUGGGGACCUGGAUUUUGGUUCCCACAAGUAUUGUAAACUUGCAAUUUUUGGUCCCCACAAAGAUAUGAAUACACACUCACUCACACAUGCACAGAGACCUCUCCAAGUGAAAAAAGUUAAAUGUAAGAUGCUUAUUAUUUUAAAGAAUAACUCUGGUUAAUAAUCAAGAAUAUAACAUUGACCAAAAUGACCGUGAUUAUAAUUUCUGCUGUAAUAAAACAGGAGCUCCACACGGCGAUCUAAAAACAAGCAAACAGUGGAUGUGUGUCCAGAGAUGUAAAGUGAGGCGACAUCGAAGCUGAAAUCAACCAAAUUAAAGUCGCGUAUGUUGUUUUCUUUUUGUGGGCGGAUUCGUUGAGCGCUCUGAUUGCCACGCGUAAGCUCUGAAGCUCUGUACGUCUGUAACGUUUGCUCGUUUUGUUUUAAUUUCUGCUCAUUUUCUUUCUCUUGUUGUUUCACACUUUGAUUUUCAUGGGUUAAAUUGUAGAUGCUGCCAAGUCCACAAAGUCAGGUAUCUAACUGUGAUAUGCUCUUUUUGAAUAUUUGAUAAUGACGGUUUUAGCACUCUUAAACUUAUUUCGGAGAUCCAGUAAUAUCACUGGUUAAGGUCAAAUAACCCACCUGUUCAGCUGCUAGACAUGUUGAAUGGCCCUGUGAUGAACUGGUAACUGUCCAUAGGCUCCAGCCCUUCCACUAACCUAAACUGGAGAAGCGGUUAAUAAAAUGGAUGGAUGGACAUUACUGAGGAGUAGAUUGAUAAAACACUGCUACCAUUUCUACUGUCUGAAUCCAGACUGCGAUUGAUUAACUGUGCCUCUGUCACAGCUGUUUCCAACACCACACACUUUACUGUAUGUUCUGUGGGGUUAUUUUGACUGUAACGCUCUCUGCUCAGCUGAAUCCGAAUAAUCAAUCAAAAGCUUUGCUUCCCAAACAAGAGGUGAACCCGGUGAACUGCCGCACAGUUGUCCUGUGUUAGCCAAUCGCUUAAGUCUUAAAAAAGGUAGGAUUUUAUCAGAUGAGAGCAGAGGGUAUUGAUUUAUUUUAACUGGCAACGAACCGUGUGGGUAGCAGAAAACUAAUGGAGCUGCUCAGUCCACUGUGGAAGAUUGGCCAAAGCCCCACAACGACCUCCAAAUUGUGCGGCGACCUUGUGGAUGCAGCCUCGGAGCUCAUCUCAUCACAGUUAAGUUGAUAGAUGGUGCGGCUGGAGGCGGCUGACGACAGCAAAACCUCGCCGUGCAGAUCCUCAAGAUUCUCCUUUUCUCCUCAAAAAGGAAGCCUUGCAGAUUUAACCCUAAUCACUUUAAUAAUUCUAAAUGGGAUUAUCAGAAAAAUCUACUGAAGCUCAGAAGCUCAUUCUAAUAUGAUGAUAGCCAAGGUUCUCUGACAGGGAAGGAGACAUGUACAGAUGUGUUGCCAGAGAAACGUUUCCCAGUUAAUGCUGUUAAAGAUGCUAAAAAUAGCUUCUUUUUUAAAGCUGUUGUGAUGGUUAUUAUAAGAAGCAAAGCUGCUCAUGUAACAUUUUCAAAGAAUAAAAGUCAAGAAAUUUAAUGACUAUUUAACCUUAAUGUCUUCCUGAGCUUUUGCCUUCUAGGCAGCUGCCUCUGUAGAUGGUUCAGGUGUCUGGUUCAUAUAUAAGCUUCAGUUAAUCACAUACAACUGAAAACAGGCCUGCUUAAUACAAGCAGCAUCUGGUACCUCCACGUCAGAAAUGCAAUCCUUCAACUGUUUUGUGGUUUCAACACAACAGCAGGAACAAAAACCAAACGCUUUGCAAAAAGAGGCUUUGAGCUGUGAAGUUUGGAGUUGGGUGAAAAUCACAAUCUCAGUGUCCGUGGUCUGUCAGCAUCAGGGUAUUAAAAAAUAAAGAAGAAUCAGGCAGUAUGUAUCGGUGGGCUUCCACCAGGUCUGCUGGAGGGAUAACACAGCACUGUCCUCCCACAGUACCACAUACUGUGUGUCACAGUCAUGCUCACCUCUCACACAGACUGCAGACACUCUGCUGCUGCUGCAAGAGAAGAAAAGGGGAUGACUUAGAGUGAAGAGGAAAAGAGUUAGAUCACAACACUCGUCUGGUGGUUAUAUCUGUCUUAUUUUUACAGUUGGUAAAACAUCUCGAUGCUUCAGGUCAAGAGAGGAGAGGGUGGGGAUGUUUGAUGGGGUAAGAGGUGUGACGUGAUAGUCAAAUGGUUUGGCUUCGUGUGGAGUUUUUGAACAUGAUGUUUGGUUAUUUUUUUGACAGCACUAUUGUCUGUUGACUAAGCCUAAGUGGAAAUGUGGACCCUCAGGUAUAUAGCAGGGGAUAUCCAAGCUAAGAUUUUAUGAAUACAUUACUUUAGUAUAGUUUAUUUUUAAACAAAUGACUAAAAAGCUAAAAAAGAAACAAAUCUAACUCGAACAUGAUUGCUAGAAGCACUCGACUACAUGCGUCUGUUACCUACAGAUUCAUCUGCAGAUAUCUUUAUCUGUUUGUUGAGAUUGUUUGCUAAUGUCAAACACAACACAUAAUGGGACUUCAUAACCAAACAUGUAAAAUAAAUGGUCUCUAAAUGACCAGAUUUUCUCCCCGUCAUGAACAAAGGGUGGGAACCUCAGCCAUUGCAUCCAUGCACCGUUUCUCCAUUUCUCCUUCAUCUCUCUCUCUUAUACGGUCUUCUUAUUAACUCCUGGUAUCAGUUUCUCAGGUGUUGCCUUAAAAGUCUUUAAACCUUCAGAUUUGACAAAACAUUUCUUUAUGUCUGUUUCUUGGGUGUGGAGGGACAUCGGUGCAGGUCUCAGUGUUUAUUUGUGGUUGUGGUUAAUGUAGUAUUUAUUUCUGUUUUAGUCAUUAUCUUCAACUUUAUAAACUGUGAACAACUUAGCUAAAUAAAGUUUUAUUUGAAUGCGU